CCGGAAGCCCAACCUUCCAUUGCGGACAUGACACUGACGAUUAGCAUUCGCUGGAAAAAAUAUAAUGGCCUCAUCGUAGUAAACUAGCAAAAUGUCGUUUGUACUUAACAUCCAGUAAGUCAGCGCACCUGGUCAUGUAAGCUCUUAGCUUGACACAUCCUCCCGUUAGACAUUAGCUUUGUAUUAACGACACUUCACCGGGCUGCUCCGUAGCGACCUGACGUCAACGUUGGGACGAGGACAUUGGUGAGCUAUGACGGUUAGGAGAGCCAACCGACAUCCUCGGACAUGUCCGGCGUCGCUCGCCAUCUUUCUGCUAAUAUUGACUGUGCAGUUGGUGAAAACAGCUUCUGAGUAUGACCCCUACAAAAUCCUGGGCGUGAGCAGGAGUGCGAGUCAAACAGAAAUCAAAAAGGCAUACAAGACCCUUGCCAAAGAAUGGCAUCCAGACAAGAACAAGGACCCUAAAGCUGAGGACAUGUUCAUCAAGGUUUCUAAGUCAUAUGAGAUUCUCUCUAAUGAGGAGCGAAGGUCCAACUUUGAUCGUUACGGGCAGAUGGAUGAAAACCAGCCCUUCGGCCAGUCCCAGCAUCAUGGCUUCCGCGGCUUCCACAACAGCUUCUACUUUGAUGAGUCUUUUUUCCAUUUCCCCAGGUCCAGGGACUUUGCAGACAGCAAGUACCUGCUUCACCACGCACAGUUUAACAGCGAUAUCCUUCCAGACAGCCACAAGAGGCCGUACCUAAUCAAAGCGACCUCCGAGUGGUGCUUUGCAUGCAUCCACAUUGAGCCUGUGUGGAAGGAGACGGUGCAGGAGCUGGAGCCACUGGGUGUUGGCAUUGGCAUUGUGGACCUGGGUUAUGAGCGUCGCCUGGCCAACCAGCUGGGAGCUCACCGCGUUCCCUCCAUCAUCGGACUGGUGAAUGGCAGGGUGACCUUCUUCAAUCAGGCUGUGGUACGGGAGCACCUGCGACAGUUCAUUGAAGACCUGCUGCCCCAGAAACUGGUGGAAAAGAUCACAGAUGACAACUACCUGGGUUUUCUGGAUAGCUGGCAUGCAGAAAAUAAGCCCAGCGUUCUCUUGUUUGACCAGGUCCCUGUUGUUCCCCUGCUCUAUAAAUUAACAGCGUUUGCCUUCAGAGACUAUGUGCGCUUCGGCUACGUGGACCAGGGUGACACACACAACACUCGGCUACUGAGGCAGUUUAACAUAAACACAUACGCCCCAACCAUGCUGCUGUUUAAGGAGGAUACAGAGAAGCCUGUUGACAUCAUCCAGGCCAGAGGGAUGAAGCGACAGAUCAUGGAUGAGUUUGUCUCCAACAACAAGUUCCUGCAGGUGCCACGACUGGUCAACCAGCAGCUUUUUGAUGAGCUGUGUCCUGUCAAGCAGUUCCACAGACGGAGGAAGUACUGUGUGCUGCUGAUAACAGGGGAGGACCAAGCUUUUCUCCCAGGCAAUAAGGCCUUCCUGGACUUCGCAACAGCUAACAGAAAAGAGGUGCUGCGGUUUGCGUACGUCUACCAGCGUCAGCAGCAGCCUCUCUGUCAGGCACUGCUCCAUAAUCAGGCUGCACACUCACCUCAGGUGGUGAUUCUUGAGAGGCGGAGCCAGGCUGGCAAGGCCCUAUACCGCUCUGUGAGCGGUGGCUGGAACGGCAGUGAAGAAGAUAAGUACCGCCUGCACGAACAGCUAGAGCUCCUUCAGAAAGACCCCACCUAUCUGAGCUCAGACGCCACCCUGCCAGAACUCAACAACGAGAUGGCCCCGAUGUUCAUUAUUCAGUGGAUGAAUGCUGCCUAUGAUUACAUUCUUCAAAUAUAUGAUGACCUUCUCUACUCAAACUGGCGAGAGAUGAUGCCCAUCCUGUCACUGAUCUUCUCAGCUCUCUUCAUUCUUUUUGGCACCGUUAUCAUUCAGGCCUUCAGUGAGCCAGGUGAGAGUAAACCCCAGAAACCAAAGCCAAAGGAGCAACCGCAAUCUGAGGACGACGCUUCAAGUAGAGCUAGUACCUCAAGCCGUCCUCCUAAGAAGGACUUUGUUGAAGUGACAGAGCUGACAGACAUCACGUACACCAGCAACCUGGUCAAGCUGAGGCCGGGCCACAUCAAUGUUGUCUUGGUGCUCACCAACGCUUCCAAGACUGCCUUGCUCAGGAAAUUUGCCAAGGAGGUUUUUUCUUUCUCUGGGACUCAGACUCUCCACUUCUCCUUCCUCAACGCUGAUAAGCACCGCCAUUGGAUGGCAUCGCUCCUUCGGUCAACCUCUGAUGCUAUGCAGAGCGAGGGUUACUCAGACGAGGACGAGGAGUCUUUAGACUACAGUGGCCAUGUCCUGGCCCUCAAUGGCCACAAAAAAUACUUUUGCCUCUUCAGACCCGUCUUCACAGGGGACGAUCCCAAUGACUCUUCAUCCGAGACCUCAUUCUCCUCUGACAGCAGGAGAAAGUCCCGUUCCAGGUCCAGGUCCAGCUCCCACUCCCGAUCCAGGUCCCAUUCCAGGGAGGAUGGGGCCGUACCCAGACGAGGCUCCAGUAGGGCCACCAGCAUAGAAGUCCACCACAAGCUUGACAGGCUGGGACUGUGGAUGGAGAGGCUAAUGGAGGGCACCCUACCCAGAUUACGGGUCCCUGCAUGGCCCUUUCUCAAUGAAAGCACUAACAACCCCUCCACAGAAAGCUGAGGUCAAAGUAAGAAAGGUACAAAUGGUAGUGAACACAAUUUGUGGUCUUGCCUCCUGAUUAAGUCCUUUAGGAAUGCAAUUUUGCAGUUUUCAAAUUAUUAUUUAAGAUCCAUGUCACACAUGUAGGUUGCCACACUAAACUGUUGCAGCCUGUUUACAGAACGUCUUAUUUUAUCUGUUAGAUGGCGUUGAGCAGGUGGAAGUUGAUGGCUUAGAGUAGUGUAUUACCACAAACCUUUUAAAAUGUGCAUAAUGAGGCAAAGGCUAAGCUAUCACUUCAUGUCUCCUGUACAGAGACAGAAGAAGGAAAGGAGAGAAGCUAUGGGAAAAAAAACAGAUGGAGUAUCUCCUGAUAUGCUCUUAAAUACAUACAGUUAUUCUUCACACACACACACACACACACACACACACACACACACACAUUAGUUAGCCACAGCGACAUGCAAAGCAGAGCUAUGAUUGCAUGCAGAACUGCUUUAUUUGCUCUCAUGUGGCUCUAAUAGCUAGCUGUGUGUGUGUGUGUGUGUGUGUGUGUGUGUGUGUGUGUGUGUGUGUGUGUGUGUGUGUGUGUGUGUGUGUGUGUGUGUGUGUGUGUGUGUGUGUGUGUGUGUGUGUGUGUGUGUGUGUGUGUGUGUGUGUGUGUGUGUGUGUGUGUGUCAGUUACAGAUUAACUCCAGUUCUUUGUGUUAGCUUCCUCUUCUUUUAACUCUUGUCUCUGUACAUUGAUAAGGUGAAGUCAUACAGCAAGAGAUAAGCGUAUUUUCUUUUUUUGCUCCUUUGAACCACCUUUAAUAUUUGCUCUGCACCUGAACACAUCUUUCUACAAUUAACAGCCCUCUGUCAUGAGUUUGACCUUUGGCAGCAUGUCCAGCAGAUGGAGAAUUCUCUCCACAUCGGCUUUGUUUGGAAGCAGGUUAAUACAAAUAAAGGCUGGGAAACUGAGCCUGAUGCACUGAAUUUAUAGAUAAAUUAUGUGUUUGUUUUUUUAACUUAUAGGAGCCUUCAGUUGAACUUGAUCAUUGACCUUGGUUUGCUAUUAGAGAGCUGACGCAGCCUUUUUGAAUCUAGGCAUAAAGAGAAUUUCACAGAAUUGUAAGCAGCAAAAAUCAACUUAUUCACAUAAAACCACAUUUUACUCGGCUUUUAAAGAAAGAUUGCUGAUGUGUUUUUUCUGCUCAGAUCAAGUUGCCAUGCUGUUUAGUUACGGGAUUUAACUAGAGCCCGACCGAUGUUAUCGGCCGCAAUUGGCCUACUGCAGUCAUAUCGGUAUCAUAUUGGUAUGGGCGUAUGUUAUCCGAUAUGUGCCAAUAUGAAAACAUUUAUAUAUUUUUUUUGUUACAUAAUCCAGAAACAGAUAAUAUAUUGGUGUCACUGCACAGUUUAACCAGCAGAGUGUGCUGUGAUUUACAGUACUGUAGCAAGCAGCACCAUAAGUGAGAAGAAGCAGCUCCCCGUAGUGAUUAUGUUAAAUUAUUUAACAUUUGCAAUAAAGUUAUUUGUUUAAGAAAACUGAUAACCUUUGCAUAGUCAUAUUCACAAUCCUCAUAGAAAAGCUCUAUUUUCAUUCCAACAGAAAAAUUCACUGUUACUAUCAGUAAUCGGUGAAUUGUUCCCCUCUAAAAUUGGUAACGGACUUAAAAAUCCCAUAUCGGUCGAGCUCUAGAUUCAACAUGCUACCUGCCAAGUUUGAAUUCUGUUUAAGUUUAAUGUCAUUCUAGGUAAGUUGUACCCAAAAUGUCGAAAUCUGCCUUUUUUGUCUUUACAGUUGCUGUUUAUUUGGGGCUAAUUUUGUUAAAGUUCUUGUCAGUUGUCUGAAUCAGGGAGAAACGAUAAAUCCUACUAUAUUAUUGCCCUUUUUGAGCCUGUGCCCUUAAACAUGUUAAUGCAUGGGAUAAGUAGAUCUAAAAUGACUAAUACAUGUUGAAUUUGCACUGGCAAUUCAAAGGUUUAAUCUCCUGUCUCCUCCUUUUACGCUGUAAUGAAAUAAUUUGCUGCUCAACAAGAAAUAAUUGCAGUACACUGUAACUUGUAAUCUUUUUUUCUUGUAUGUCAUUUGAACUUCAUAUUCAACUGUGAGAGAUGAAGUGUAACUUAUUAAAAGAAACUUCUUUUUAAA